AUGACGCUGGCAUUCGCAACGAUACAGAAGCAAUUUCUAUCAGGAUUUUGCAUAUCACUGGUAAUCUUUCUUGUGGAGCAAAAUAGUCCUGUGCGGGCAUUUCAACAAAGCUGCAAUGUCGCGAUUCGUCAUAAAAAUCCUUCCAAUACUCGGAUCGGCGUCUCGGUAUCUUCUCCAUCGGAAGUUCUUUCUGCUGAGGGCGAUUCGCAAAAUCCAUUUCGGGACCAUCUACAAGAGUUGCUUUCCCAAGUCAAGGCGAAACCAUUUCUGUCUUUCUACAUGGACGAUGAUCUAAAGAGAAUGGAAACAGAAUUCUACAACUUGUCUCCUGAGGAAUCGCCCAAAUGCAUCAAGAACAAGUCAGCCUUCAGCUACGACGGACCUACUGUUCGACCAGAUGAGAGCUGUUACCAAGCUGUUACCCAAGCAUAUGGAAUGGCGCGAGAGGGGGAAAUGGGUGCAGACCUUGCAGAAGACGUCGCUUUGAGGUACGAAAAGCAUCAACCUGAAAGUUACGCCAAUCGGUACAUUAUGAAAGGCGUUCUUCGGGCAGUCGUCAAUGCCAAAAACUACUCCAAGGCCCAUAACAUCCUUCUACGCAUGGAAGAUCGAUUCAGUGAAACGAAAGAUAUCAAUUUGGCACCGGAUACCACAAUGUACAACACCCUUACAGAUGGGUUGUCGCAGUUUGGGUGCCCUGCCGAACGAAAGUACUGCGCCACCAUGACAAUGACCAUACUGAAACAUAUGCGACAGAAAUUCAAUUCAGGAGUGAAUCCAAUGGCAAUACCAAACCGGUACACCUACACCCAUGUGAUGCAAUGCAAUUCUCGUGUCGGCAAGGGGGUCCCAACCUUUGAGAAACUCGAAACACUGUACCAUCAAUUGAAGGAGGAUUAUCAACGUUGGGGGUACGAGAGCUUGAAGCCAGAUGCACUAUCCGCCUUGCCGCUGUUCCAGGUUGCAGUGAACAGUAGAGGAAACUAUAAAGUCCUCGAAAAAGCUUUUGACAUUUAUGAUGAACUUCAAGACUUGUAUGAAACGACAGGCGACGAAGAUUAUGCGCCACUCGAAUCCAUGUAUAAGUAUUUGUUUACAUCCGCGGCCCGCAUCAGCUACUCCCAUGCAUUUCGAAUAGAAUCUCGAGUGAACGACUUGGUCAGAUCGAUGAAAAGGAACAUUCAAAAUCCGAGUGUCUAUACAGUAACGACAGCCAUUAAUGCAAAGGCAAUACAGCGAAAUAGAACGAGCAUGGCUGAAGCUGAAGAGAUUAUGCGGGAUUCGGGAUGUGCCGAUGCAGUGGCGUACCAAACUUUGAUAAAGGGCUAUGCACGACUUGGAAACGCUGGGAAAGCACUUGAGCUUUUGGACGAGCUGAAGGAUCAGCCAGGCAUCAAUUAUUUGGAAGUCAGUACACUGGGCUCUAUAAUUGAUGCCUUGUCGAAAUCGUCAAGCCACAAUAAGAAUGCUUCUACCCGAAAAAAUGCAUCUCUAAAGGCCGAACAUAUACUGAACCUAAUUGUUUCAAUGUAUCUGGAUGGUGAGGUAGUGGAGGCGGAGACGGGAAUUGAUGGCAAAGUAUUUGACUCCGUCCUUCGAUUGGUUGGGCGAGGCCGUGGCAAUGCCGCACGAAUCGUUGCAAUCAUUGAAGAUAUGGAAAAGCUGAACCAACUAGUUCCUGGACAUUUCGCCCCUACUUCGUCAACGUACACCUUAGCAAUCGACGGCUUGGCAAGAUGCGGCGACCCUCGCAGCGCACAAAUGGUACUAAAGAUAUUGAAGAAGAUCGAAGAACCGAAUAUUCGGGUGCUGGCGUCGGCGCUGUCGUGCGUAUCAAGAGGAAAUAUGCGAGGGGUUGUUCGGAAAUCAGAAGAUUUGUUCCAGCUGAUCAUAGACCGCUAUAAGCUUGGCGAUCGCAGCGCUAAUGUGAAUGCACGUACCUUGACGACCAUAUUGUCAGCAAUGUUGAGGGCGCAAAGCCCAGAUGCACCCAAACGUGCCCAUAGAUUUUUGCGACAAGCAAUUGAACUUGCAAGGAGCGGUAUGGACUCUCUGGCUCCAAAUACAAUUUGCUUCAACGUCGUUAUGAAUGGAUUUGCGAGGUUUAAACAAAGCCAAGAUGCUUGGUCGACAUUUGAAGAAAUGAAAGCACUACAUUCAAGAGGAUACGAAACUGUACCAGAUGUCAUUACAUACGCUUGCGUUGCCCGAGCUGUGGCAUCUGAUUCCAACACCGACCGUGCUGUCAGUAGAAUUGACGCAGUAGUCGACGAGGUUCGCAAUGAAAUUGAAAAUGGAAAUUUGCAACCCGACGCACAGCUCUUUAACACUCUCAUCAAGAGCUACACGUUCCAUUCGAAGGGCGAAGAGUGUGUUGUGACCAGAGCAAAUGAUUUGUUACAGCAGCUUGAGGUGACUUCAGAUGUUUCACCCGAUCUCAUGACGUACAAGAUCGCUGGCGAGGUAUUUGCUAUGAGUAGAGCUCCCAACGCAGCAGCCUUGGCAAUGGAAGCCUUUCAUAAAGCUGAAAUUUUGUCACGAGAUGGCAUCAUUGCACCUUUGGAUUCAGAAAUCCUGUCGUUUGUCAUACUCACCCAAACGCGAAGUAGUGCUGACGAUGCAGUGCAUCGUUCUGAGGACUUUGUUCAUGACUUGGAAAAGAGGUAUCAAAGACUCCUCAACACACGUUGUUAUAACACACUUUUGGCUGCGUAUGCAAAUAGUGCCCACGAAGACAAAGUUGCUCGUUCUCGAGAGAUCUUCGAGAAGCUUGUCUCUUUGCAGAAACUUGGUCAGAAGAACUGUAAGCCGGAUACAAGCACCUUCAAUUGGUUGAUACUAGCGGCUGCAAACUCGCUUUCAUCGGAUGCAGAAAUUGAUGCAGAAAAGUUUGGAUUUGCGCUGGAACAUUUCCAAAAGCUACAUGCUCCUGAUGCCUCUCAAAAACCUGAUAGUUUGACAUAUGAGUUCUUUCUUCGUGCGUGUCAUCGACUUUUGCCACGAGGGGAGACAAGAACAGAGCUAGUUGGGAAAGUACUCUCCUUGUGUUCCAAACGGGGUAUGGUCACUACCGAAAUAGUUAGCGAGGCUGCAAAAUCUGAUUUCAGUACUGUGAUGGAAAGACUCGAUACGACUGAACAGAGCAGAAAAGAUUCAAUAGUAUACAUACCAGAUGACUGGUGUCACAAUGUUCCAAAACGGAGACGAAUGAAGGAAGUGCACCUUGGCCAUGUAAGAGAGCACGAUAUUUAG